AUGCCGGUUAAAGUCGAGUGCGAUUGGGAGGGAAUGUACAAGAGAGCUCCAAAGGGUCAUUUUGUGGUUUAUGUGGGCAGAGAUCACGAGCUAACGAGGUUUGUACUCCCACUGUCUUGCCUCAAGAACCCCAUCGUGCACCAGCUGCUGGACAAUGCCGCCGAGGAGUACGAUAACUUCGAUAAGCAGGACAGGAUAGUCUUGCCCUGUGAUGUCGCCACCUUUGAGAGGCUCACUGCCUUCUUGGCUCGACACCCUUGAGCUGUCCCCCUGUUCUCCCUGCAGCGCUUCUAAUGGCGCUCGGGUUGAAGUUGCUAACAUUAAAUCGCCAUGGCAGUUUCCUCCUAUCGCAUGGC